UAAAAAAGUUAAAAUCCGGUUAAAAUCCACUGAGCCAGCUGGGUAUCUCAAUUUCCCUUUCGACAGCUCUGUUUUAUAUCACUUAUAUUAUUCGCAAAUGUAAAGAAGCAUUGGAAAUCUUUUCUUCUAAAAUAAACAAAAAAGUAAACAUAUUUAUAUGACGCCAUCUUAACAGUUUCUUAGGAAUAAAUAAAGACAUUUAACAAAUAUUAAAAAGCGUUAAUGUAAAUAAUAUUUGAAGUUAUUAAACGUAGAAAGCGAUGGUAAAACGUGGAAGGUUGUUUUUGGUUCAAGUUUAUGUGUGUGAUAUCUACAUACUUCAUGCAUGCCGGGAAAGGAUUUAAAAGGAAAUUACCCACCAUGCAAUCGUGCAUUCGCGUUGCGUAUGAUGAACCCAAUGUCAUAUCAGCAAGGUCAUAUGAGUCCUCUGGAUGGUGAAAUACAACCUGUUGUAAAAAAAACAAUCGCGAAAGCUAUCAGAGAAAGAACUGGGUCCGAAAAUAGUUUUGACGAUAUAAGUUUGUCCCCAGCCUCUUCCUUAUCGUCCUUUCAAGAAAUGGAAUUAUACGAUAUAGACGAAAAUGGUAAAAGUCACGGUGUGAAUGGGGACGUUCGAUUAAAUUCAAGUUUCGAUUCUUACCGAACUAAACCGAGUCCGAGAUCUUCGGUUUCCGGUAAAAGCAAUGGGAAUGGUUUUAUCAGUCGUUCGUACUCCUCCUCAGAUGGUUUUAACGGAUCGAACUUUCAGCGUGGAUCUGCAGUAAGGAUAUCCACCCCAGCUAGAAUACGAAGUAAAUCCUCGCCCAGGAAGGUCUCGAAUGGAGCGUCCUAUGAGCCAAGUGUAAACAGAGUUAACGGGUAUCGAUCCGAUGUCACUAAUUAUUUACAGAAUAAAAUUGUACAAAAUAAUACACCAGAAGGAGGGUCGUCUUUGAGGCGCUCUCAAAGCUUACGUGAAAGAUCUAAAAAAACUUUAAUAAACAAAUCUAACGAUAAACAAAUUCAACCUAAAGACAAUGCAACAAAACUUCGUGUAGCCACUACACGAAGCUCACAGCUGCGUGCUAAAAUUCAUCAAAAUGGUACGACACCCACAUCAAAGCAGGGCCGAACGGAUAGCGGUUUAAAGAAAAAAACAGCAAAGGGAUCUUUAGAAGACCGGAGCGAGUCCGAUAGUAGUGCCAUAUAUAGCGAAAUAAAUGCUUAUAAUCCACGCAAUAAUCCACGUAGUAGACACUCAGCACGUCAUGCGUCUGAAAGAGAGAGACGAGAUAGCAAUAAUACAUUAUCGGAGACAAGUUCGAUAGAAGAGUUUGAUUCUGCUCUGCAAUUAAGCACCCCAUCAACGCCUUCCGCUAGACCGUCCUUGUCCAGCUCACCAAUUCUACAAAACUCUGAUAAAUUCAGCGCAAAACUAAACGAAGUUUGUCAACUGAUUACAACUCAGCAUCCGCAUGAUUUUCAAAUACUUGAGACCUUAGUGGAAAUGCAAACAGCUUAUGAAGAUCGCAAUCAGUUAGUUACAAGAACCAUAUCGGAUUUAAGGCGUCGAGUAAACGAGUUAGAAUACAAAACAGCAAACUCGCCAAAUAUUCCUGCCUUAGUAAUACCGCUAAUGCGUGCCACGACAAACUUUCAGAGCAAAUUACAAAGCAUUAUGGAUUCACAACACGAGCCGAAAUGCACCACUGAUCAAUACGUGCAAGCAACAGAAGACAGUAUUCGCGAAAGUACUUUAGAUGAGAUUUCAACUGAGGCUUACGCUGUAGCGGCUGAGUUAGAAAAAUUGAGUUUAAGUCAAAAUGGAAAGGAGUCGGAAACGAAGAAAAAUUCCUCUUCUAACGACACCCUGGAUGGUUACGCUAUUAUUCCGGGUGGUUCUACCGAAGUUUGAGUUUUACCUGCUUGUUUAUCACGUUAGUUGUUUUUGAAGAUUCAAACAUCGAGGCAAAUGUUUUUAACUUGUUUUGUGUUGCAAAGCUUGCUUUAUUUUAUUUUAGAACAUAUUUUAUAAAUAGAUAAAUAAAAACACGGAUUAAAAGUAAUGAUCAUUCCAGCUCUCCUACUGUAAAGGUUUUGAUAACAGAUUAGUUGAACGUAUUAGAGGACCUUACAGGUGACCUAGACUUCCUUGCGUAGAGUUUGUUCUUCAACCUUGUGUUUAUUGUAAUACGCUUGUGUUUUCCCACCCAUGUGUCACACAUGUCUGCGUUGUAGUAACCCCGGUGGAGAGCUGACAUUUUCCUGCACGGGUCAUCCCGGGAGGAGGGCGGAUAAAUCAAAUUUCUAACUGCAUAGUGAUCUGACCUACUCUGAAAAUGGAUAUCAUUUUAACAUUCGAUUGCCCAAAAACUUUGGUAGCCAAUCAAAAUGCUGAAAUCGUUAUACUGGAAGUAUUCCGCAUAACGAUAAGAAGUCAUGUCGUUUAUGAAACCAACAAAACAAAAUAAAAAAAUUUCUGUUUUAAGCUUCGUAAUUACAGGCUUUGUUUAACAACAAGAAUGAACGUAGCAUAAGCAACAAAGCUCUUUAAUACGCAUGGAAAAGCAUUGUAUCAUUCUCGUCCCCAGAGCUCUUUGAAAUUAAAACCUGAGUUUAUCUCAAAGAGCUCUGGGGUCGAAAAUGGCAUUGUAUACAACUUUUGGUUAAAAGGAAGAAAUAAACAUUGUAAAUAAACCUUUUUUAAAUGUUAUAUGCGUUUUUAUCUUCACUUAUUUUCUAGUGAAGAGAAUUUCAAUAUGGGACACCAGUUGAUGUGUAAAAGAUAUUUAUUGCUCGGCAUAUAUAUUGUAAUAUAAUUUGACGUGUAUAUAUUUAUUUAGUGUAGUAAUAAGUACCCUUUGUUUCA